AUGUCUGCUCCUUCGAACGUGUCUGGAGAUCUCAUCUGGGAGGUUGUCCGCAACAACAAUGCAUUCAUCGUCAAGCGCAAUUCUGGAGGCGGCGUCCAAUUCUCCCGAGACCCCUUCAACUUGACCAACAAGCACUCAAGGAAACAUGCUGGCUUUGUGAAUAACAAGGCUGUUUCUAUCCAAGCCAACGAGAAGGGAGGUGUCACACUGCAGACAAAGAAGUCCGGCUCAUCCAACAAGCCUGCCUCGCAGUACAACUCACACGCCUUCGGAAAGACCACGUCGAAUCGCAAGAUCUACAAGAGCGUCGCAGACGCCGUGGGCAAGAGGUCAUACCGUGGUGACCUGAACAAGGAUGCUGUUGCCCGAGCCAGUGCCAUCAGAGAUUCGCAGCGAGUCAAGAAGGACACUCCCGCAAGGAAGCCUCGUGGAGCCAAGGCGUCGAAAACCGAAGCUUGA